GUCAAACACACAACGUUGCAUGCAACAUGUUGCAAAUAAACCUGUUGUGUUUUGAAUUUUAACAAUUUAUGUCCAGUGAACAUAUAACGGUACCAAGUGUUGAUUUAACAAGUUCGUUUGAACGAGAGUUGCAAAAUUUGUUGUUGCAGUAACUCGCAAAUAUCCUCGUCGGCUUUACGGUUUGCUAAAAAACGAGCUGACACAUUCGUAAUGCAGCCAGUUUCGUAGUAAGCAGCAACGUGUACGUUUGCCGGAAGCGGAAAUCAGCAAUUAAAUAGUUUUAAAAAUUAAAACGAAACCAAAAAAAAAGUUACAUAUUACCCAAACAGAUUUAAUGUAAAAAAACGAGUGUCAAAAAUUCAUAUUUUGCCGAGUAGGAGUGAUUGACGCAGCUGCAGCAUAUGUGCAUACUACAAUAUAAACAAACGUCUUUUGAAAAUUCGGUAAUCAGCGUAAAAAUAUAACUGACAUAUGUUGCAUAUACUCCAGUAUAUGUGCGCAUAACUGGCAUAAGAAAUGCAACAAAUGAUAUAAAUACAUACCUACGUACAUACAAACCCUUCAUAUUCACAUAAUCGGAUUGGCUUAGAUGCGCCGGCAACCAAAUCGGUUUUGUAAACAGCUGUUACAGUUACCACUGCGCCGUUAUAGAUACGAGUUUGCUCACGUGACAGACUAAAUUAAUAAACGCAAGUGUAUUGGUCUGUAAAUAUGCGUUUUUUUAUGGAAUUUUUUCGGCUCUAACACGCUAAAAAACGCAAAUGUGUUUGCUCUGUGGCUAAACGUCGCCAUAUCCUUCUUGCUAGCCCUAAGCUCCUGCCAAGCGUUCGCACAACACAAAGUCGCAUAUCAUAGUAAGCAUUGAGGUCUUUCUCUACCUCUCAAAUAAUAUUUAUCAUCAUCAAUCUAGGCUCAAUCGUCUGUUUGUUCACUGUGGCCAAAACAGCAGAAUGCAGCCGUAAAUAAAGCUUAUUCUUCACCACACAAUGGCAUAAUGGCAUCUUGUUACACACAUUAACAAAGGCAAACGACAACUUGUAACCAAUAAAAUACGAAACUAAUACGAGCGCAUAUGUUAAAUAAGCAAUAAAUACAGAAUACAGAGAAAAGAGAAGAAGAAUAGACAACCCACAGUUUCUGCUGAUAAAGAAGGCACUUGUAAGAAGUGUGAAAAAAGAGAGUGGAAGACGACGCUGAUGGCAUGUGGUACCGCUACAAUACAUAAAUAGACGAACUGACAAUUGACAACAACAACAAGUGCACAAGAAUAGAUAACUUUCUAAGAAAAAAAGUGGGUAGACAAAGAGCGGUAAAGGAAAUAAAUCGGAAGCAAAAGCAUAUUUAAAUUUGCGCGCAUCUGUAACAUCUACUCCCAUCUCUCAUUUCGAAGUUAUGAGUACAUAAUGUAAUGAAAAAGUAUUAAGCCCAAAUUAAGAGUGCAGCAAAAGCCCAUUAAGCCCUUUAAAACAAUUUUUUAACUGUCUGUGCUGGUAACAGUUAAAGAUUUCUGAAAAAUAUUUUUUACUGAUGUUUUUGUAGUGUGCACAUCACUAAGUGUAGUAUGAGGUGUUACAUUGGGUAAAAAGCUUUAAAUUCACCUUUCUCUAAUCAACCAGCGAGCUUUAGGAAUAAAAUCUCACUUCGAGCGCUUUGGCAUAAAAUUAACGGUAAUCCCGGCUUUAUUUGCCUUCGCUUGAAGCAAGAAAAUCAAAUAAUAUAAUAAAAGUAAUCUAAAUGUGAAACUUUGCAGUUAUUAAGCCCUAAGCGACGUUUAACGAACGUUUUACAAAACUUUAAAAACAUAAGCUCACUUAAACUCAGCCAACAAGCUUACUGCUUAUAGAGUAACUUUUGACUGUUGGUCGUCCAUUCGCCGAACAUCUGCAGUUGCCGUUAUCAGCCGCAUUCAUAAUGGCCGAUUUGGAACGCAUAAGACUGGUUAUCCUGGGUGGAGCUGGUGUGGGCAAAAGUUCCAUUAUCAAACGUUUCCUCUUCAAAACCUACACGGACAAAUAUCGUGCUACCGUUGAGGAUCUUUUUAAUCGGGAAUAUGAUUUGGGCGGUGUAACACUGAAGGUUGACAUUUUAGACACUUCCGGUGAUAUGCAAUUUCCCGCUAUGCGUCGUCUGUCCAUUGCUACCGCCCACGCUUUCAUGCUAGUCUAUGCGUCCACGUCUGCGUCAAGUUUUGAAUGUGUCAAACAGUGUUUUGAGGAGAUACGUGAGCAGCGCGCGGACUAUCAGGAUAUUCCCAUUGUAAUCGCCGGCAAUAAAUCUGAUUUGGCCAAUACACACCGAGAGGUUCGACUGGAAGAAGUCACGGACUGGGUCUACUGUGAAUUGCCGCGUUUAAGAGCGAAAGUGCUGGAGUGCUCCGCUAAGGAGGAUCAAAACGUGACUGACCUCUUCAAAACGUUGCUGUCACUAUCGCGAUUUCUGCCCGUCGGAAGCAAUAAUGACGGCACAAGUGGACUGAAGCGACGUUCUUCGGCAUAUGUUAGCGCAUCGUCAAGUAGAAACAAGAAUCGCAAUGCCAGUCCUUCCGUUUCCGGUGAUAAAAAAUCCAGCUUGGUCGAAGCUGUUGAUCCAGCCACCAGCAGCGGCGAUGCCAAGCUAAAGCCCAGAUCUAGGUCACUCAUACGCCGUGCAUCACGCAAAACCAAACAGCAAAUCAACAACGCGUCCGAUGACUGUAAUUUGCAAUAAAGCAGCGGAGGAAGGAGGUGCGAAAGAUUGAUUAGGUGAAAAUUGUUUGAAAAGCGCAAACAAAUAUAUAUAAUAAAUCACAGCAGCAAAAGGACAACAACAACAAUAAACACAAGCUACUUUAAGCAGCAAAGGCAAAGACAAGCGGAAAAUCGAAGUCACAAUUGUGUACAUAUGCAUAGGCGAGUGUGUGUAUGUGUGCGUGGUGGUGUUGGUGUGCAAGUAAGUAGGCAUAGACGCGUGUGUGUACAUUGGGAAUAUGUACAGUUUUAAUUAACAGUCGUCAAAUUGGAUUCAAUAAUCGCGCGAAGGAUGACGCGGAAAAAAAAUAAACAUUUUGAUAUGAACGCUUAAUUAGAACUAUUAUAUUUAAUUAUAUAAUAUAUAUAAAAAUAACAAAAACAAAAGGAGUGUCAUUGAUUAGGCGGAAAAUAGCUAUGUUUUUGUUGAUAUGAAUAUAAGUGGGUAUUUUCUGUUGUAUACAAACAUACUUAUUUAGGCGUGUAUGUAUAGGCAAGCUUAUUGCAGCUAAAAAGCGAGAGAUUAACGGUUUGAAAAAAUAUAAAGUAUGAAAAAAGAUAUUUAUAAUAUUUACUUAAAAUAUAUAUUGUACUUUAAUAACGCACUAGUUGUUAUUCAAAUUUAACAAAUAAUAAGCGUCAUUUUUUUAUAAAUAUUAACAAGUAAUUACAUACACAUGCGGUUUAAAUAACAAUAACUGACUUGCAACAACAAAAAAAUUGCUUUUUAUGUAAUUAAUUUUUGAUAAAAAUAUUUGGACUUUUUUCAACUAAAACGUAUAGACUUGCGUAUACCAGGGUUGCAAAUAAUUCCUUAAAAAACUAAUUGUGUUAACAUUUGAACUAAUUUUUUUUUUUUUUUUGUAAUCCCAGAUACGGGAUUAAAAAAUUAAAAAAAGGUUUAAUCCCGCAUACCGGAUUAAAAAAUAAAAAUAAUUUUAAUCCAACUACCGGAUUGAAAAAUAAAAAAACAAAAUUAAGCAUAUAAUUAAAAAGUUUAAUAGAAUUUGGUUUAGGAUUAACAUUUUUUUUGAGUUCAUUCAAAUCAAAAAGUAAUAUUUUCAAUUUUAAUAUUUCAAUUUUCAAUCCAAAACAUCUUGGAUUAAAAAAUUAAAGUUUAUUUUUAAUUCCAAAUUUUUUAAUGAAAAUAUUCGCAACCUUAGCGUAUACUGCAUAUAAUAUAUAAAAAAACCAUAUUAUUUUAAAAUGUAUGCCUGCGUUAAAAUAUAUUAAUUUUUUUCAACAGUUUAAUAUUUGUAUAUAAUUUUAUAUAAUUUCUUUUACAGCAUUUAUUUUAAUUUAAAGCUUAUUUUUUUGUUUGUCAAAUUUGGAAUACCUCGUAUAUAUAACACUGGUUAAUCAAGUUUUAACUUUUUUUGUCACCUGAAAACUCAUAUCAAAUUUUGAAUUUAUAAGGUCGACUAAACAAUAAUAUGUGAAUGAAAAAAAAAUUGGUAAGUCUAGUGACAUCAAAAUAUAUAUUUUAUUAAAAAGUAAAAACACAGCUACAUUUAGAAAAAUUAUUUCUUAAUACACAAAAAGUACUUAUGAUUUUCGUGAAUGUGAGGGAAGCUGCCUUUAAAUCUCCAACAAUAACCUGCUAGCAUUCUUGCGCCCAAUUUCGGUUAAAAGCGUUAACUCUAUUAAGGAAAUGUUCUGAUGGAAUCUCUCGCCUUGUUCGUCACCCACAGCACCCAAAUUUACUGGAAAAAAAUCUAGUUGAUCGUCUAAAAUAUGUAUUUUGAAGGGCAUAUUACACCCUAAAGCUUUAUAUUACAUUAGUUGUCUUCGAUUCGCAAAACGUUACUUUAUAGCGAAUCGAACAAACUAUACGAGAUAGGCAGCACUUGUAGUGCAACCCUGCGCUAACAUAUCUUCUGACGCAUGCGUAAUACUGCUAUGAUUAUUUAACUAGUAACUUUGUUGUUGCUUUUACAUGUAAUUUGUUUAACAAGAGAGCAAAAGCAAGCAGAGAAACGGCGAACGGAAGACAGUUAUUGUAAGUUCACUCUUUGUAAUUUUCCGAUUUAUGGUUUCCUAGAAAAAAAAAAAUAUUUCCAGGCGAGUUUUUCUUGAUCAUUUAGUUUUUCUUCAAAGCACUUAUCCUUUAUCAGGGUAGUGUGUUUGAACUUGGUUGUAAUGUCUUUUAUUUGAGUCAAACAACAAUAACAAUCCCUUACUUUAUCCUUUGGUUCGGUGAAAAUCAUUGGUAUAGCAAAUGGCAUUUGUCUGGGCUCUUGUUUAGCCCAACCUAAUUACAGUCUCAUACAUGAUAAACAACAUUUAUGUGGAACCCAGGAUUUAUCCUAACUCCUCACAGGAAAGCGAAAAUAGUCUAAUUAGCACUGUUCAAUUAAUGACGUGAUAUAAUUAAUUCUCCACACACAUAACAAAAACUGUCGCAGUCAUUAGAACACUUUCGGGGCAUGUUUAUGGUGUAACAAACUUAUAUAUGAUGUAAGUUAGUCGAACGCACUUCGUCUAGUCCCUUGAACUGCGGAGCUCCUAUAUAACUAAGAGAAGCUCUAGAUAGUGUUACACAGAGACAUAGGAGGUGUUUCAGCGUCUCUCUCAUGCGCACUUCUCUCCACUUUCUGCAUGUAUCAGCGUUACUUAUGCCUAUUCGGAUCGCAUGUGAUGCCAGUACGUUGUCAACAACCGCUCUGCAGAAGCAUAACCGCGUAAGUAGAAAGCUUGCGUGUUUUCCUUCCGCUCCCUUGCACAUAAUCUUGGCGAUCCUGCAUUUACUUAAAGCAUUCCAUCUGGCCCUGAUCCGCUUGUCAGGUCUUUCGGAAUAUCUUCAUAAUAUAUAAUUAUUAGGUAAAUUCUUAGACCGAAUAAUAUUAUUACCAGUAGUAGCUGUAAAAUAUCUACUUUAAUGUAUCUGUAUUAAUGUAAAUCCAGUAUACGGUCACAUAGGGAAUUUAAGGUCCCCUAAACCUCCUAUUUGCCCAAAUAAAAUAAAUUGUGUUAGAGUAUCACGAAUAUCAUUCGGUAAUAUAGAAUAAAAAAAAUAGAUUUAAAUCGGUAUCGCCUAUGGCACAUUUAUUCAAUGAGUUAUCGCACUUUUACUAGUUUUCAACAUAACCGUUAUAUGAAGAGUGGGUGUGGGGAUUUUAUCCAUCUUCACAGUGUUUGAAGAAGCUCUAAGAAUACUCCAAAGCAAGUUUGGUUGAAUUACCUCAAGCCGUUUCGAAGAUGCAUCAAAUCAUUUAAAGAGCGGAACCAGGCUUUUAAAAAAAUGCUAAGCCACAGAUUUCCUCGCUACCGUGAUCCCUUGUAUUGUACCAAACACGUGUACAAAGUUUCAUAAAUAUAUCUUAAUUUUUACUCAAGUUAUCGUUUACACGGCCGGACAGUGAGACAGUCACUCUUGAAUUCCGAUUCGCAUCUUGUCAUGCUGAUCAUUUAUAUAUAUAGAACUCUAUAUCUAUUUCAAUUAGUUUUAGGUCAUACAAACAACCGUUAGUUGAACAAUACUGUUAUUCUUUCUGUUGCAACAUUUUGCGAGAGUAAGCAAAUAUUUAAAAUAGUUUAUUUACCCGUUUUCUAUUUUCUAUUUAUUUUUUUUUUUUGCUACAAAGUAGUUGUAGUUUUGUUUUAUAUGCUAGUCAACUCCAUUUAGGCAGUGUUGAGAACCGUAAUACCACAAAAAAGUUGAAGUUCAGCCCAAAUUUUUUUGGCGGUUUGAGUUGAUAUUGAUAAUGCCGAAUUUCAUAGCUUCAAUCAAAAUGCAGUUGAGUCGAAAACCCUAAUGGGGGCUUAAAAGAGUAUUUUUAAAAAGUUUUGCUGGUCACUAUAUUAAUUUGAUUAAAUUUUAAAUGCAUUUACUAACUAACCUGCCACAUCUGCCAAAUAUGUUAGUAUGCAAUUGAUAAUCCUCAAUCAACAAUUGUAUAAAAUAUUAGAAAUGCGUAAAAAUUUCCAUAAUACCGCUGAAAUGCCGAAUAGCAAAAGCUAUGACCGAGCUUUAUGCUUAUCUGCACAAUGCGUUGCAGUCCUUCGCCAUGCAUUAUUUAUUUUAUCAAAAUUUAUGAGGCCUAAGAGUUCAAUCGGUUUUUAACUAUGCAUGAUAACUGCAUGGUAUUUUCACCUACGCACACAGACAAACAUUUGUUCGCAUGUAUUUUAAAGCUAUGAGUUGAAAUGCUGCGCUUUUGCCUGAAUUUUUAACAAAUAAAUAUACAUAUUGGUAAAAACUUACCAAAUUAAUAUAUAAACAAAUACUAAUUAUUAAAAUUUGCUUUAUCAUGUUUGCCAAAAACAAAUAUUUUAUAAAUAUUUGUGGUGUGCGUCUUCGCUAAGCUACUAAUUUCCUCAAUCCCUUUUAAACAACUGAACAUUUCUUUAAAUCUUUUUCAUAUCAGAGGCCUUUACAGACUUACUGAGGGAACGCUUGUUGACAGAUGACGAGAGCUUUAAGAUAAAAAGUAGUUUUAGCAUGUUUUUCAUUAGUCGGGCCUUGAACCCUAUAAAGAGCAAAUUGUUCUCGGCUGCAUUUAAUCGAUUUAAUUUCAAUAGUAGUUUUUGUAUUUCGUAUUAAAGCUACAUGCUAUUACUCAGCCUUAGAAUAUUCUGAGAUAUUAUAUUGAGACAAGUUCGUCAUUACUUUACCGUUACUCGUUAACAUUUGCAAAAGCGAUGUUAUUUCAUUUACCUUAUUCAAAACUAUUGUUCGAAUCCAGGAGCAAAUUUAUAGCUCAGUCUACUCUUAUGCCCACAUUAGUAAAUAUCCACUUCGUAUAAAUAUCCGCUGAACUCGUUUCAAAGUUAAACACAAUACAACUAGUUUUCCCAGAACAUUUACAACUUUUAGUACGAUUUCAUCAUUAUCAUCAUUUAACUAGUACGAGUUUAUCAACUUUGCAUUAUGCACAUUAAUAACUAACCAAAAAUACAUAUAUACCUAUAUUGCAAUUAUAUGGCAUCCUUGUGCAUAUAUGUUUGCGAAAAUUUGUUUUUAAUUGUCUGAAACUUUAAGCAAUGCCACUUUUCAGACACACAAACGCAUUCGCUUUUUUUCAAGAGUUUGAUUAUUGAAAUUCUUCUUGAUGUGAGUACACAGUCGCCUUGCCGAUUCUCGUAUCACUUACCAGCCGCACGUACACAUACAAGCAUAUAUAUGUACAUAUGUUGAUGCGUCUACGAUAAUUUACGUAGCUGAGCUAUCCACAAGCUUUAAACGCCGUUUGUUGUUGCCACAGCAGCAGCUAAUAACUUCAGUUGUUUUUGCUGUUUGCGUUUUUCGGUUGUCAUGAAAAUUUGUAUGUAUGUAUGUGUGUGUGUAUCUUGAACUUUUUAAUUGUGCUCGAAAAUUGUUGGCCCCGGCACGCAUUACUCACACAGCUUCCUUGUUUUUGUUUUUUACCUCCCGACAACUCCUUGCCUCACACACGCUCGAUUGCGAGCAGGAAAACCCAGAGUAGAAGUCUACAUUUUGGCGCAAUACAUAUGUGUAUGGGAAUGAAAUUGCUAGGAAAAUGAUGCCAAUGCAUCCCCCCUUAAGUGAAAGUCAUUAAAAUUUUCGUAUUUAUCUAUUUCGUUUUGAAAUUGUAGGAAGGUCUCUACCUGAGCUCAAUUAUUUUUUAGAGUUUUUGGAAACUCGACCGAAAGUAAUUAUACAGAUAAUUUUAUAUAACCUUCAUAGGAAGUUGAAGGCCUCAAUAGUUUUUGUUGGGACAAUAAAGUGCGUUAGUUCCACAUCUAGCUUAAGUCAUCCAUAUAUGCUGUGUUACGUAUAAGCAUCUCAGAGAGCACUUUUAUGCUAUUGAAGAACGGGGAUGCAAAGAAUGAAAAAACGCUUGCUUCUACUGCACCGAAGCUAUGACGCAAAGGGUAUAAAGGGAUCCAUAUCUUGAUUUUGAUCGAUUAGUUUAUGUGCUAUAGUGGUCCAAUCUAAACAAUUUCUUCAGAUAUCGUAGCAUUGAGUUGAGUUCGCAUGGCAACUAUAUGCUAUUGUGAACCGAUCUAAAAAAUUUCUUCCAAAAUUGGUGAAGACAUCUCGUUAACUGAAAAAGUUUUCCACUUGAUUCCGCUCGUUCAGCUUGUAUGACAGCUAAAUGCUAUAGUGUGCAAAAUUUCAGGUCGAUAUCUCAAAAACUGAGAGACUAGUUCGCGUAUAUACAAACUUAAUAUUCCCUGUUUAGGGUAUGUAAAUUGUUUCUAUAAAGAAUAUAAUUUAUUUCAUUAUAUUACUUAACUAUUACCUCAAUAGCCAAGAUUUUCAAAAACUGUUCUCUAUUCUUCGAAAAAAUAGGCCAAAUUGUUUCCAUGAGUACCUCUCUGUAUUCCUAUACUUAGUCCUGCCAUAAAUAAUGUUACAAAAUUUAUAAAACAUAUUAACAAUAUAGUGGAAAGCUAAGGAAAAUCGUAUUGCGGUGUGGAAAAAGCGCAACUAAAAUUAAUGAGCUUCUCAAAAAACUUUAAAUUUCUAAAAUGUUUUUUUACCGCACUCUUCAUCGUUUUUCCCAAACGUCUACAAAUAAGGUUCAACAAAUGCUAGAGGCUUAUUUUGUUGAUAUUAUGCCCUUGAAGUACAAUAAAAUUUUCAGCUGUAUUCAUUGCCUACUUUGUCUGUAACAACAGCUAAGGUUAGACGUGUUUUUGUGAGCUUGGUGAUUUUUGUUUGUUUAAGGACAUGAAUCAUAAAAUUUGUUCGUGAAUUCUUAGCCGAAAACAAAAUUGUAACGAUGCCCAGCGUCCUUAUUUUCCAGACAAGGCUCCGUGUGACUCUUUCCUAUUUCCAAAAAUAAAGAGAACCUUAAAGGGCUGUCGUUUUGCAAGAUUGAUGAAACUCUCUGACGGAACUAAAGAUUAUCCCAAAAAUUUAGUUUAAGCAAUGUUUCGACGAUUCUAAGAAGCGCUGGCAUAAGUGCUUAAUAUCGAAUGACGACUAUUUUGAAGGCGACCAAAUAAAUAUAAACAAACAUUUUUUUCAAAAAAUUAAAAUUCUCGUUAUAUUUUGAACACACCAAAAUAAUGUUUUCUGUAGAUUUCCCAAGAUUUUGUUUAGAUUUAGGCAGAAGUUUGAAAUGAUUUUGGUUCUCAUAAAAACAAUUUAAAUAGAUUCUUCUCACAAAAAAGUCUACGAAAAUUACAAGACUUCAAAUUAUAAUUUAUUUAUACAUUUUUAUUUAUUAUUGAUUAUUUCUUUAUCCACUUUGCUGUUUUAACACUCACCGCUUUGCCAAAAUUCCAAUUAUUUAAAUCAAAACGUCGGGUUUCGUUUUAUUAUACAGAGAUGGUUUUAUUGCAAAUUUUAUUUGGUAUUUAUUUGAGUUUAAAUAGAUAAAAAUAUAGCACAGCAUUAACAGCAUAACGACGACGAUCGAAAAAAUACGACUUGCGGGUUCAAUCGAAAAAAAGGUCCGACUUUUAUUAAUAUUGCUGUUUGGGGGUAUCCAUGUGUGUUGGGUUAUUAAAUGUGGUGUUUUCAUGUGUGUGUUCUAUUGGUGUGGUGUAUUGGAGUGUGUCAGUGUGGUGCCAGUUGUGAAAUAGUGCGUCGUUAUGUUGGCUUCAAGAGGAGGAUUAUCUCAUUUAGCUAAUUAAAGCUUAAUUUUUUUUCACUUUUUUUUACGUUUUUGGCAUUUUUGCUAAAUUCACAUUAAAACAAAACAGUUUUUAAAAAAUUAAUUAUUCACACAAAAAAUCUAACAAAAAUUACGAAACUUCUCAAAUAAACUAAGUAGAACUUUACCGUUAACUCUACAACACUGUUACUGCACACUUUUGAACUUAAUGCACAAGACAAUUUGCACGUAAACAAAAUACAUACAUAUGCACGACUUUACUCAAUACUUAAUGCUAGACUUAUAUGUAUGUAUAUUUACAUGUGUAUGUAUGUGCUUAAGGAAAUUCCAACACAAAAUCAAAGUAACGACUAUUUGUGGAGAAAUAUUUGUUCUUAGCGUAGCUGCUGACCAAUACACCAAAAACUGAUAAUAUUUACUUGCAAACUACUAUAAAUUCUGUAAAACAAAUAUUUAACUAAGGCAAUAAACAAAUAUUUAUAGAAGAGUGUUGGACGGAGCGUUUAGUAAUGGACUUAAGCGAGUAAAAAAGACAAAUAUAUUUCUGUAUGUUUGUUACUGUUUGUGUAUAAAUAUAUUUAAGGAGGUACAUAUGUAUAUUCGUAAUGAACUUUUAUGCAGACAUUUGUUGUAACGGUGUUACAAAUAAUUUAUGAAUUUUUUUUAUAUCCGGGAAAGAAUUUCUCAUCUUAAAAGUAAGCUUAGAUGAGUAUUUAAAAGAAUUUAUAUAGUAAAUAAAAUUUAAUAAUAGUAAAAUUUAAAUAUUUGUCCGAAUCAAAAUUAGCACUUAAUAAAUAACAAAACCAAAAACGGUAAAUAAAUUAAUGAAAAGGUUAAAAAGAGCUUUGGAUCAGCUUACUUUCACUGCAAAGGAUAUUGAGCCCAUUUAGUAAUAUUUAUGAAAUAAACUAAAAUAGUAAUUAAGCAAAAUGAGCGCGUGAAUUUAUUAAAUAAAUAUUAUAUACGAAAUUUCUUUUAGUAGUAAGUUUUUUCUAAAAUUUAAAUUUUUUUUUUAUUUUUUAAAUAUUUUUUCCAAAUCUAAGUAAAUAUCUUUAAAUAACAUGUAACUAAGGAAUAUUAGACUAUUCAGCUAUCGGUCUAUAUAUCAAAGGGCUUAAACGCCAAUAUCGAGCUAUGACUCAAAUAAGUUGCUCUCAUUAAGCCAGUAACUGAAAUAAUUAAUAACCAAUAAUUAGUUUCUCUGUUACUUAAAUAAUUUAUUAUUCUCUUCGAAAAUGUGUAGCCAUAAAAUAUUGAUUAUCACGCACUACUCCAGCUGUUUUCUAAAAAUUCAUUAAAUUUGAGUUAUGUAUUUUUUUUAAAUAACUGUAUUGUUGUUGUUGCAAUGACUAAAAAACACAAUCCCCAAUGAUCGUGUGAAAUGCUUCUAUGAUGACAGUUUUAUUUUUUCAUUUUAUUUCUCGGAAACGGUUCAAACACAUGGCGUUCUACUGUUUUUCCGGGUUUCAGCGUUAAUCGUAACAUCACGAAAAUCCAAAGGAAUUCGGGAAUACGCUGACAUUUUACAAGUUGAGAAUCACUAGAGAAAUAUACAUACAUACAUAUAUCCACGUAUUUACGCACUCAAUUUCAUAUUUGAUGCUUCUCGUCCACCAUUUUAUCAAAAUGAUAUUCUUAAAUUUUUGCGAAGACUACCAACACCGACAUCAAUUUCAUCCAAUUCUGUUCGUGUACAGUACGACAUACAAAAUCAAAUUAGAAGAAUAGAAAGACACUGUAAUCGAGAAUUAUAAAUAGAAGUAGAGAGAUGUUUUUAGUUAUUGUGCUUCAUCUUAAUUGCCGCCUAAAUAUUGUGAUCACGUCCACACUCCGAUGGAUUUAUCCAAUUUCCAAAAUUACACUGCUGAAUACCCUGAAUCUAUACUCAUUUGAGCAACAUGACUUAGGCAAUGUAUUUUAAUUUAUAUUUUUUAAUUAUAAACUUCGUUCUGCAGGUCUUUCCAUCUUAUUUGAUACAGUUAAAUAUUUAAAAUACUGUAAAAUAAUAUUUUUUCCAACAUUCCCAAGCUCAGUUGUCUAGUUUUGGCGUAAUGGGGUUUUGUACAGCAUCUGUUUUGUUCGUCGAAACCCAACUCCGCUUUAGAGAAAUAAUCAUUCGUAGUUUCGAUGAAAAGAUUGUUUUCGAUAAAAGCCUAACCGCAAUGGAUAUAAGCAGACCUUAGUUUUUAUCUAAAAAAAUUUCCAUUCUUCAUUUUGGUAAUAUAAUAACAGCUUUGCUCGAUUUAUGAAACUUACUUAGGGAGAAAUAUUUUAGAAGGAAGCGAACGGCGGAGACGAUAUAAAAUAUAUACACAUACGUAGGUUCCCUUUUAUAUAUCGUGAUUUGGUGUUGCAAUCUGUCUGCUUGUAUAUACGCGUGCUAGUCCUCAGUUUUUGAGAUAUCGAUCUGAAAUUUUGCACCCGUUCUUUUCUAACCAAGAAGCUGCCCAUUUGACGGAACCGCCAAUAUCGGACCACUAUAGCAUAUAGCUGCAAUAUAAACUGAACGCUCAAAAUCAAGUUCUUGUAUGAAGACUUCUUUGUUUGUGAAAGAAACCGCAGGUAUAAUGCGGUGCAACCGAAGUUAACGUUUUUUCUUUAUCUUUUUUUUUUGUUUACUUUAAAAUUUAAUAUAUUUUUUUACCGAUCUUCAUAAAGCUUUCCGACUUUUCGUGUCACAUUUAAGAAUAGCACUUGCAUUUUAUCUGACAUAACCUUAAAAAAUAAAUGAAACCAAAAAAUAAAAAAGAAUAUACAUAUGUAUGUAGCUUGUAAUUUCAUAAAAUUAGUUGAUUAAUGACCAAUAAACUUAUGGUAAAAUGUUUCAGUUUUUGUUAGUAGGUUUGUAAAUCGUAGCAGCAAAUGAAAACGAUGCAAAGUGAAUUGUGAUUAUAAAAACAAGAGAAACUACAACAAAAAACUUAGAAUGAGUAAAAAGUAGUAUUUGUAUUAAAGUAUUAAAUGAUAUAUUAAAUAUACAUACAUAAAUAUUGGAGGGAAAAAAAUUAUUUCCCUAAGGUAAACAAGCGACAACGUUUCGAUUUAAAAUUUACAAAAAACAAAAUGAUGAAAACAAUAUAAAAAUUUUGCGAUAAGGUUUUGCUCUCUUUUUAUAAAAAUAUAACAAACAAAAAAAAACAAAGAAUAUAAACACGUUAUUGUUAAAUAUGAUUAAGUGACUAUUGUGCAUGCUGAAAUGAAAUCCCGUAAGCGCUUGGAAGACAAACAAAUAACAAGAAACUAAAAAAUAGGUCAGUGCAGUAACAUUUGGAAAUGAAAAAAA